AAACAAAAACAAAAUUUUUGAAAUUUUUUACUUGCUGAAAAAAAAGUCUGAAAAAUUUGUCCAUCUUCAUGCAAGUCGUCGAUUUUUGAAGAUUUUGUUUCAUUUUGUAUUGUGAUUUAACAUUCCGCUCUUCAUUAGUUAAGUACUUCUGUGUUCUUAUUGAUGGCUGCUUAAAGACUAAAGAAACAUGAAUACACGAGCUAAUUUGCCGCUGUAUAGUAGUUUGUUAUACCAGGAAGCACGUAGUUGGACCGAAGAUUUACCCGUGUGCAAAAAUUCCGGUAUCGGUUUAUCUACAAAUGCCGUAUAUCGUGAAGACGAUCAUCGACAAGAAGAUCAUGAGUUCGAAGAUCAAAGUUUUCACAUUAAAUAUAACGAUAAGAUAAGUUUAUAUGGUAUUUUCGAUGGUCACGAGGGUGUUCAAUUUGCUAAAUAUGCUGUUGACACAAUAACAGCGGAAAUAUUACUCGAAUUAGAUGGGGAAAAAUCCGAUAAAGAAGUGAAACAAGUUUUAAAACAAGCAUUCAACACUGUUGAGAAAAACUAUCUGGAAGCAAUUGGCGAUAAACUGGCUGAAAAAGCUAGUCUACAAAUGGAAAUUCCAGAAGAUGUAACACCUUACGAAGCUUACCAAAAAUAUCCAGCGCAAAUAGAAAAAUUGAAAACCAUUAAUACCGAACUGUCUUGCGGUACAACUGCCGUGGUUUCUUUGAUUUAUAACGAUCGACUAUAUGUUGCGAAUGUCGGUGAUUGUCGAGCUUUAAUAUGUAAAACAGACGCAGAUGGGGUGCUUAAAGUAAUUCCAUUAAGUCAAGAUCAUAAUUUGUCUAAUGAAGAUGAAGUUCUCAGGCUAGUCAAUUUAGGGAUGUCUCUGAAAAAUAUUCGUAAAGGAUUUCGUUUUGGGAAUCACGAGAAUACUCGUUGUUUAGGAAAUUAUCUAGUCAAAGGAGGAUACAAAGAAUUUGAAGAGUUGAGUUGCGCUUCCGCUGAACCAGUCAUAGCCGAACCUGAAAUCACGGAAGGCAAAUUACUCGAUAAAUCUUAUAGAUUCCUUAUGCUUAUGUCUAGUGGACUAUAUCGUUCCUUAGAAGAUGCUACUGGAACCACCAGUGUAAAUAAAGAAAUAGCUCAGAUGGUUGUAGAACAGUUCAGAAUUCAGUCAACGCUGACAGGAGUAGCUCAAGCUGUGGUCGAUAAAGUAGUCAGAAUACAUCAUGAUGCUUACAUGAGUCGUACCGGAACCGAACGUGCUGUGGUCAGUAAAAGGGAAGAUAUAACGCUUCUUAUUCGAAAUUUCAAUUUCCCGCUACCUCAUGCCAUUUCACCUGUAUCUUGUCCUUCGGUGAAUUUUGAAAUGAUGCAACAAAGGGAAGAAAGCAGAGAAAGUACUCAAGAAGAUUCAAAUGAUACUAUUGAUUCCAAAGAAUCAACCGUCGACUCAUCGCAAACCAGCACCGAAAAAUCCGUUCUUGUUUCUGCGAAAACGGUUAAACCUUACGUCGACUUCAGUAAUUAUUACGCUGAAGUUGAAAAAGCUAGAAUAAACGGCGAUUUGCCGGAUGGCAUCGAGUUUUUUUAAUGCAAAUGUUACUGUGCACGCGUCACUUAGUUGAUUCCUAUUUUCUCAGUGUUUUCCUACGUAUAAGUUAACUUCGUUUCAAGUGCAUGACUUGAAUCAUUUUGAUCACGUGAACAUUUUAAUCGCCGAAAUUACGUGCACGAGAAUAUUCUGCCAUCGACCUCGCGUCUUAUGAAUUUCAUUGUACAAAAUGAACAACUCUUUGGACAUUAAAAUCGUCUAAUUACCUACAUUUAUGUAUUAUGAUUACAAGCGAUUUAUUUUAUAAAUAACAAAUUAUACAUUAAAAAAUUAUUACAUUAGAUUUCUGCGUGUAAAAAUAAUAAAACGACUUCUACAAACAA